AUGAGUUUUGUUAUAAUUGGAUCAAUCCUCUAUGCUCUACCGAUUUGUUUUAUUCGACGUUUUCAUACUCCUCUUAAUUUAUUGACUCUUAGCCUAAGUGUUGCUUUAUUCAUGUGUACAACUUUUUGGACUAUUUACUUUGUAAUGAAUACAUUUUAUACAAAUAGAUUAUGGACGGAAAAAUCCUGUUUAGUAAUAAUUUAUCUUCAAACAAUAGUCAAUGGUCAGUUUGUUAAUACUUUAUGUAGUAUAUCAUUAAACCGAUUAUUUGCUAUCGUAUAUCCAAAUAAAGCAUUCUUUCGUACAAAAACGUGGGUUGCUAUAUGUAUGUGUAUCCAAUUGAUAUAUGGCCUAUUAAUACCGUUACCUCAAUUUGCUUCGAAUAUCACACAUUGUCUUCUAACAGGUCUUGAAAUUGGUUAUCAAAUUUAUGUUCUAGUUAUUAAUGCAAUAAUACCUUUAGUAUUCUUGACUAUAAUCAAUAGCAUUAUUUUUAUUUCUGUUCGUCGUUCAACACGACGUGUUCAUAACACGAACAGUGAACAUCAGGAAUCAGCUAAUACUCUUAAUCAGCGAGAUGCUCGUUUAUUGAAACAUAUGCUUUUUAUGCUUAUAACAUUUUUAGGGGGUUGGAUACCAAUGUAUAUUAUAGCAGUAAUUGAUUGGAAUGGAGAUGGAAUAUCAUAUAUUGCACUUCAUACUUGGUGGAUAUUACCGAUGCUGAGUUUUAUUAUCAAUAUGUGCGAUUUAUUUAUGUACAAUCAUGAAUUACGAUCAUACAUUACUACUAAACUACGCAAUCGUCCAAGUCGAUGA